AUGGCUGUGAUGAAUGGAUUCACACAUGUUUCGGAUCUCAAAGCCUACAAGACAACAUGGAAGAUCAGAGUCAGGAUCGUCCACACAUGGAAACAAUACACGACAUACGCAGGAGAAACUAUAGAAAUGAUUUUGGCUGAUUUUAAAGGUUCCCUUAUUCAUGCUACUAUUAAGAAGCAGCAAUUCAACAAACACCAAAGACUUAUUGUUUUUGGUGAUUGGCGAAUUAUUGAGAACUUCCAGCUGUCAAGAUCAACGGGGAUGUUCCGGGCAACAAAGCAUCAAUACAAAAUGACCAUCAUGAACUCCACAAUCAUAAGCCGAUGUGAUUCUGUUUCGAAUGAUUUUUAUUUGGAUCUAGCUUCAUUCGAUAACAUACUAGCUGAAGAUGGUUUGAAUGAAAAUAUUCUAAUUGAUGUUGUGGGACAGGUUGUUUCGUGUGGCGAAAUGAAAACCUCAGAACUUAAUGACAAACCCAAAAAGAGAUUAGAGGUCAUCCUUCGAGAUACAAGGAAUAUAGAUCCAAGAGGAGGGUUAAUGAAUGGAACAAGGUUGCAGAUCACACAAUUGGCUGAGUUUGUUUUGGAAGUGAUUGUGAUUACAGGAGACAGAGUCGGUGACAAAGUGCUCAUUCCAAGGAUAUUGCUCACUCCUUCAGAUACUAAACUACCUUUCAAAAUACGGCGAAGACAAUUACCUUUGGUUGUUGCUUUUGCAAUGACUAUUAACAAAAGUCAGGGACAGUCUUUGGAUUAUGUUGGAUUGUAUUUGCCGAGGCCAUGUUUUUCACAUGGUCAGUUUUAUGUUGCAGUUUCAAGAGUGACUAAUAAGAAAGGAUUGAAGAUCUUGAUAGUAGAUAAAGAAGGAAAACCUCAGAAGGAAACAAUGAACGUCGUAUUCAAAGAAGUGUUUCAGAAUUUGAAAUGA